UAGAUUUAUUAAAUUUUAGAUAUGAGCAGGAUCUUUCAAAAACAAAUGCAUGUGCGUAAUGUAUUUCGCACGCCGCCGGACUACACAGAUUUGGCCAUUAAAUAUCCUGAGUUUCGCAAAGUGUGUCGUUUAGAACUAAAUGGAAAGGUUUACAUUGAUUACAAAAAUGAAAUGGCUUUACGAGCUCUCACCCGGACCUUGCUUCUAGAAUAUUUUCAACUAGAUGUUGAAUUUGCUCCUGGCAGUUUAGUGCCAACUUUGCCUUUGCGUUUAAAUUACAUAUUAUGGUUGGAAGAUUUGUUAGAAUCACGCAAAGAGGAUACAAUAAAAGGCAUAGAUAUAGGUUGCGGCUCGUCUUGCAUUUAUUCUUUAUUGGCUGCUAAAAAAAAUAAAUGGUCUAUGUUGGCUUUAGAAUCGAAUUCGAUAAAUUUAGAUUAUGCCAACGGAAAUAUUGAGAGAAAUAAUUUGCAAAAGUUUGUAACUUUAUUUGCACAAAAACACACUGGACAAAUAUUUCGGGAAUACUUCGAAAACAAUAAUGGUUAUGAGAAUUUUGAUUUUUGUUUAUGCAAUCCGCCAUUUUAUGACACAUUAGCGAGCGCCAAUAAGACACGAAAUCCACAGAAACGGCCACCACCACAUAAUUGCCCAACAGGUUUUACGGAGGAGUUAUUUUGUGAAGGAGGUGAAGUGAAAUUUGUUGAAAAAAUUAUAACAGAAAGUUUAAUGUGUGCCAAAGAAAUUAGAAUCUUCACUACUAUGUUGGGUCAUAAAAGCAGUUUAUCGAAAGUACUGGACAUUCUUAAAGAGAAUAAAAUUCAACAAUUUUGUUCCACUGAAUUUCAUCAAGGCAACACUACGCGUUGGGGAAUAGCAUGGAGUUUUUAUUUAGAAUUCAGUUAAAAAAAAUAUUAAGUACGGCUUUGCAUAGUGGACCUCAUGCACAUCUAAAAUUACAGAGCGGUAUUUCGACGAUCAAAAUUGUUAUGAAAAAAUUAGUUCGGCGAGGGCAUUUUCUGAACCACUUCUCCUAUAACCGCUCCUAAGAAAAGUGAAUAUUAGUAUGAUAAAAAGGUAUACUUUUCAAUAUUUCAUGGUGGAAAUUGAUUCGUAUCAUUAAUUUGACAAAAAAAUCAUUCUUAUCGAAUUUGGUGCAAGCAGGUCUCUUUUUUGACUACCACCGCAGAAGGAUUCUCAGGUAAUGUAAACUUCACAUGCCAAAGAGGCUUAAUUAGUUGUUAUUGUUAUUCGUAGGUUAUAUUUUCAAUAAAGCUUAAUUAAAAUUAUAAUAUAUUUGCCAGAAAUUGAGAAAAAAUAUUAAGUCAAGGAUACUGGAAUACGAUAAAUUCCAUAUGCUUAAUGUUUAAUGAAGAAAAUUUGUUCAUGACAAUAAUUUAACAUAAAAAUUGAAUGGACUGAAUUUGAGCGCUAUGGGUCAAUUUCUAUGCUUAAUUUUCAUGACGAAAUUUGGUCCACCAAUUUAGCAAAUAAAUUAAAAGUAAGGAAUUUGGAUCACAUUGGUCUAUAUAUUAUGACUCUAAGGUAUAAUUUCUAGUGGAAACUGAGAAAUAAAAGUUUUGGGAAGUAAAUUCAAUUAAAUAACUUUGGAUCAUUUCAUAUGAUUGGUGUUGGUUGCUCUUAAACUUUACAUGUAUUAAUAUUAACUGUCAGUUUUGUUUACUUCGUUAGUAAGAUACUUGAAAGGAUUUUUUUGCAACUAGUGUUUCUGAGCAUUUGCAUAUUGCAUCGUCUGGUCCAUAGUAAUGGAUUUCGAACGGGCCCCGCACACGCACUGCGAGGUGUCGAAUUAUUUGCCAUCCA